AUGGAUCAGCUGGGGAAUAGAGAUCGAGAUGAGGCUUCUCGGAGCAGCACCAACUUGUCCACGAGAUCCCCGGCUUCGCAGAGUUUUGUGGCACCUGACUUCUGGCAAACACUAGUUGAAGCUGUUGAAGAUGUUCGGCAAGUCAUUGACUCUGAAGACGAGUCUGAAGGGAGCGGUGAGGCUCAAACGAGCCCAGAAGACCAAGCAGCAACUCUCCCCGUUGGUUCUGAGGCUCUGCUAUUUGGCUAUACAUUGGCCAUGAGCACUCCUUCGCAUGAUGCACACUGGUCUCAUGAGCAGCUGACAAGCAUAUACCACGACCGCUUUGAUGCUUUGUUCAAGGUACUGCACUGGCCAACCGCAAUUGCACAGAUGACACAGGCCGACCCGAAGCCCUGGAGUUGCUCUUUCGUGGAGCAGCAAGCUCUCAGGUCGGCCGUACAUUUCGGCGCCGUGUGUACUUUGCAGGCCCAUGAGGUGAGCGAGAAGAGUGCAAUCACUGAGCAAUAUCGCUCUGUGGCCGAGACUAGUCUCAUCAGCGCAGGUCUUCUGACCACGAGAAGCCUCGUGGUUUUACAGGCUUUUGUCAUCUAUCUGAGUGCCAUUGAUCGUGGCUUCAAGCCUUUGUUACGUUCAAAGGACUUCCAAGUUCUUCCUCUCAACGUCAACGAUGCUGACAUACCCUGUGAAGAUGAUCCCGGAAGCUCAAUCGCCUCCAGCAGCGAUCGCGACGACUUCACGGAAAUGACAUUUCCUCAGGUCUCCUGUCGCGCUGGCCUCUCUCUGCGAAGAGUGGCAGAGCAUCAGUUUGCCGAGUCGGCCGCUGGUUGCUCUCCGAAUGCAUGGUGGGAGAGACAAGUGGCCAUCGUCAAUGAACACGAGGCCUAUGUAAUGACGCUCUCACAUCGCUUUGACGCACUGAAUCAACCCACGCCUCUCCAAGCAUUUACCAUCGCGGUGGCUCGCGAGAGCCUUCUCGCCAUGCGGCUUCAAUUGCACCGCCCACUUUAUCGGCAUCCACAUGACCUUCGACCACCGUCAGGUGGGUUUGACGUCUUGCAAGCCGCCGUGGAAGUUCUCGAAAGCGCCGCGUUUAAGGUCCGUCCGGAGUUUGCGAAAUGGUCAUGGUUUGCCUGGGUCAAGUGGUACGCUCUUGCUAUUGUCCUGGCCGAGUUGUGUACUCGCACGUGGGAUGAGAGAUCUGCUCAAGCCUGGAUAAUAGCGCAGACUUCCUACGAUGCAUAUGCGCAAGUCGUGGCCGAUGCGGAGAGUGGCCACUUGUGGAAGCCAAUUGCAAGACUCAUGCGGAAGGCAACAGAGAUUGCUCGUAGUCAAAACCUUCCCAUGCCACUGGCAGGUCAGAACGAGGUGCAGCACACUGACCAUGACCCAAACCUGAUGACUCAGAUGCCGCCGCUCUCGAGCAGCAUGGAGAACGAUGGAGGGAAGCCUUUUCAAGCCUUGGACUUUGAUUUCGGGAUGGCCGGUGGAGAUGAGUAUGAUCCGUUGGCCUGGAUGCACUGGGACAUGUUUGUGGAUGACAUGCAGCAAAACAAUGUACAAGGACUUGGCCUCCCUUGA